GAUGGCUUCACCUAAUGUGGCCUGGUUCAGUUUUAUGCUGCUGGUUUUGUGCUGCAGACUGGAUGAACUGGGAUUCAGACAGUCUGUGUCUGUUGUGGAGGAAGUGACUGGGACUGAAGCAAUAAUUUUGAAUGUUGGAGGACGGAGACCAGUAUCCAUGACAACCUGCUGUCCAACGUCCCUCCCCUCUGAUGGACUGCAGUGUCAGUAUGAAGAUGGUGUUGCUUGGAAACGUGACAUCUGUAACUCCACUAAAACAUCCAGUAAUUCUAGCAGUCAGAUCUGCACACACAGAUAUGAACUCCAUUAUGAUGGCAGGUUUUGUCAACCAGUCACAAUGAUGACAGUAAUGCCACCAACUACAACCACAGAACAAAAUCACAAACCCCUGUUUCAAUUCCUAAUGCCUGAAAUCAAUGUAAGAAUGGCAGCUUUGACAAAUGCAACAAAGGCUCAUUCAACAAAACCAACAAUGGCCAGACAGUCAAACUUCACGCCAGGAAGACAAACAGCAAAGAUAAACUCUGAAGAAUGGACAGAAGGAUUCAUGACAUCAGAAGAUCUAACAUCACCUUCAAAGACAACCAUUGCAGUCAAACGAGACAACUUCACCAUCAACAUGCCGUUUCAGGAGUCAUUCAAAGACCAAACCAGCAGAGUUUACAGAGACAUCCAUGAUGCAAUUGAAAAGCAGUGUCAGUACUAUGUGUCACAACAUUGCAGAGUGCAGAGCUUAACCUUACGGGAAGGAAGUACUGUUGCUGUUUACAGUCUCAGAGCUCCAGCUAUUGAUGAUGACCAAGUUAAAAGAGUAAAAUCUGCAGUAUUUAAUGAACUAGCUGCAAAAAAUUACCCAAUGGAGUUUGUCAGUGAGAAAAAAUUACAAUUUAAUCCAAGAAAAGUCUUCUUGAAGGAAAGUGUGACUGUGAUAUGUGGCCCUCCACCAAACACUCUCAAUCUGGGCACCCAGUGGGACGCUGAAUGGACAGUUAAUGGUGCGGUUAUUGAGCCAGAUGAAACCCAUAGCAUCUCCAACAAUUACACGGAGGGGAAGUCAACAUUGACAGUUUCCAAGUUUCUUCGAACUGAUGACGGCUUUUAUGAAUGUAAACUGAAAAGCACUAAGUUCAUUUUCAAACAGAAAGAAACCUUCAUAUCCAAAGCAAUCCCACUGAUUCAUGUUAAACCAGUCAGAGGAAUCAUGAACUGUGAUUUCUCCAAUAAGAUCAAACUGGAGUGCUCUGUCAACAGACCCUAUGUGAUAGAGUUUAUCGAAUCAGAUUACACAGUUUAUGAUGACAAAAUCUCAGCUGAGAUCACAGUCCCUCAUGACUGUACAGACAAGAUCGUUUACACUUGUGAAGAGGAAAUGUACACAAAAUAUCAAAAAGUAAUCACAGUUGAAUUCACCACGGAGCCUCUGAUAUGUUUCAGUGAUGAGUUCGGUAAUGGACCGUUGGGCUUUAAGGCGGUGGCAGACUGCAAAAACAACAAGGUGGGAGAACAGACGGCGGUUUGUAAAGAAGAUGGUAAAUUUGGAGAUCUACAAGAUAACUGCGUCCUGGCACCUGUUUAUGAGCUGCUUGAUCAGUCUGAGGCUCUGAAUAAAUUUACACUGGCAGCAUUCUUGGAGCAACUCAGGACAGUGGCUGUCAGACAUGCUAAGGACAUAACUAACUGUCCGGCCACCAUCACUAGCAUUGUUAAGAUUUUCAACAAUGUAGAAAAUAUUACUUCAUUCUUCGGUGUGAAAAUAAGUCAAGAUUCUAUGAAAAAUAUCCUGGAAACUGCAGGUGUUCUCACUGUUGAGGAGGCAAAAGAUUCAUGGACAUUUCUCAACGGUGAUUCCAACAAUGAAACAGAGGAAAGUGAUGAUGCUGAAAUGAAAAGUGUCAGCUCUUCACUGUUGAACUUCUUUGAGAGGAUGACAACCCAUCUGCUCAAUAAACCCUUCAGCAUCACCACACCUCAUAUUCUACUGAACAAAACUACAUUCACAAACACGUUCAACGCAGACUUCAACUCCUCAGUGGAAAUAGACAUUCUGGAGGCUGAUGAAGGGAAUCAGUCAGUGACUGUAAUAUUAUUCGCUUCCAUGGGCAAUGUGCUUUCUACAAGACACGAAUAUGACCAUUCUUACAGUCAAAGGGUUGUGCUCAUUCAGUCAGAAGCUAAAAUUACAAAUUUAUCAUUAAUAUUUCGUGCAUCAGAUCAGAAUUUUUAUAAAUCAGAAUGUAUUUUCUGGGACUUCAGUCUCUUUGAAGGUCUUGGAGGAUGGAGCAGCAACGGUUGCUUGUCGGUUUUCAGAGAAGAUAAACUGGUCUCCUGUAACUGCAACCACACCGCCUCAUUCUCCGUUCGGUCAAGUUUUUUGCUUGCAUAUUUCAUUAACACCACAAUAAGUUUAAUUGCAGCUGUCCUUUCUAUGAUUUUUCUGAUCAUUUGUCUCAUCAUUGAAGGCGUCACGCUGAGACGAAUGAGCCAGAACAACCCAUCUUACUUCCAUCAUGUUUCCAUCAUUAACAUUGCUCUGUCCGUCCUGGUUACAUUGAUUUGGUUUAUUAUUCGACUGACCAUGUCACUGCCAGACAGUGCGCCGGCCUGCACAGUCGUUAUGUUCUUGAUCCAUUUCUCCUACCUCUCCCCGUUCUUCUGCAUGUUAGCCUCGGCCCUGCUGCUGCUCUACCGGACUCUCAGUGUCUUUGAAGGAGGGCUGUCUAAAAGAUCCACGCUGGCCAUCGGAUUCUCUUUGGGAUACGGUGCACCUCUGAUUAUUUCAACAAUAACUAUAGCUGCAAUAGCUCCCUCAGAUCAGGACAUCCAGGAGAAUAUCAUCUGUUGGAGCAACUGGUAUAAGUCCAACGCUCUACUGGGGAUUAUGAUCCCUGCGUAUAUGAUAGUGGCUGUAAACUUUAUAAUUCUGAUGGUGGUGAUAUCCAAAAUACUGAGAAGACUUGGAGGAAAUGCAGUCCAUGCAGGAGAGAAGCAUGGCCUAUUGGCAGCUGUCAGUUUGACUUUGCUCACAAUGUUUUUGGGCGUAACUUGGAGUCUGGAAGCUGUAACUGUGGCUCCCUCGAGUCUAAUGGGAAUCUAUUUUGGAUUAUUUGUCUUUCAGUUAUUAGAGGUAGUGUUUUAUUUUCUCUACUAAUAUUUAAAUAUUUCCAGUUGUUUAUUGUUAUGAUACGAUAGACUAGAAAUGUGAAGUAAUUUGACAACACAUAC